AUGGGUUUAAGUUGCAACCCAAUCGCUUCAUUAUCACCAUCACCAAUGUCGGUCGAGCCGAAAUACAAAAUCAUCCAGCGGUUCGACGAGGAGGAAGACAAGCUGGCGACGACGGCCGUGGCGCGGCAGGGCUCGCCGGACUUUGAGGGCUUUGCCGAGCUGUGUGACGCCGCUCGAAGCGGAGAUUUAGAACGAGUGGAGAAGGCUGUAGCGUUUGGAGUCAACGUGAACCAGAUUGACGAGUUUGACUACUCGCCACUGAUCCUGGCGUCGCUGUGCGGUCACUACGAGGUGGUGGAAUACCUGCUCAAUAACGGCGCCAAGUGCGACAGAGAUACCUUCCAGGGCGAACGAUGUCUGUACGGGGCGCUGACAGACUCAAUUAGACAGCUGUUGCUGAAGUUUGACAUCUCCAAGGCUGUAGACGCCACUCAGCCAUUUUUGGCCCACCUGGCCAAGGUGUUUUCAAGGAAGCUGUUCACUGAUGUCGUCUUCAAGGGAGUGUCUGACUCUGGAGAGACCGUGGAGAUCAAGGCCCACAAGUUCUUUCUGGCAGCUCAGAGUCCGUAUCUGACACAAGUGGUGGCAAGCAAGACGAAAUCAGUCAUCCCCAUCAUCGCCAAUUUUGACGACUUUGAAUACUGCAUCCGCUACCUCUACUUCGUGGAGAGUGAUGCCAAAGAGAGCAAGAUCUCGCACAAGCUGGACAUUACUUUUGAUGACUUCUACUCGGUGGCUGUCAAGACCAAGCUUGCAGUGUACUUUGAAAAGCUGCUGGACCAAAAGAUUACUACGUUCGAACCCGAGGAGGACGUCAUUGACAAGCUGUCAGACCUGGACACGUUCCCUGACGCUGCUAUUUAUACCCGAGACGAAGAAACAGGAUCACGCACAUACUACCCUGUCCACAAAAUGCUGCUAUCUCGGGUAGAGUACUUUUCGCUCAUGUUCGGCACAGACUCCUUCCAGGGCAUUGAUACCAUGUAUGCCGAGGCUACGUCUUCGUUCCCUCUGUUGGAACUCGACCAGACCACUCCGGAGGUUGCAGAGAUCUUCCUACAGUGGCUGUACACGGACAAGUGCGAGAUUCCUCGAGAUCUGGCUCUGGAUGUGCUGUUUUUGGCUGACUCUCUGUUUGCAGACAAACUCAAGUCUCUGGCCGCCAUUGUCAUUUCCCAGGCCGAAACACCUGUUGCAUCCAUGGCAGACAUUCUGAGAGCUGCUUGGGCCACCCGUAUCGAGCGUCUCGAGCAUUAUGUGGCUCAGCACAUCUCCAACGACCUGGACGAAUGGAUCGAUAAGGAGGAGUUUUUGGAACUGGUGGAGGAGUCGGCUGGAAGAGUGACGGCUCGUCAGGAAACAGACACUAUCGAGCUGGUCGACGACGUGCGAUACUACCUGGGCAAGAAAUGGGGUGUCUUCGAGGAGGAUCAGGAUGAAAAGACCGGCCGAGUGGACGAAGAGUUCAGAAUCUCCCAGUACGAGCGACGUUACAACGAAGACUUGGAUCGAAUCGACGAUAUGCUCGACAAGUUGAAGUUGGGUGCGUAA